AGAACAGUGAUGCAACCAGAGAAUUUUUACAGCCGAACCGCUCUCUUUUGACCUUCUUCUCAAACCCAGACACCGAAAACAUUGAGGAGUGAGAAUCGAAUUUGAGGAGAGUGAAAGUUGAAGAGAAUUCAUGGCGACUUCAAAGCUUCAAGCUUUAUGGAACCAUCCUGCCGGCCCCAAAACCAUUCAUUUUUGGGCUCCAACUUUCAAAUGGGGCAUUAGUAUAGCCAAUAUUGCUGACUUUGCCAAACCACCGGAGAAUAUUUCAUAUCCUCAGCAAAUAGCGGUCACAGCCACUGGAAUCAUAUGGUCUCGCUACAGUACUGUAAUUACUCCUAAAAAUUGGAAUCUUUUCAGUGUAAACGUGGCUAUGGCUGGAACUGGUCUCUACCAACUUUCCCGAAAGAUCAAGCAUGAUUAUUUCCAAGAGGGAGAACCUGUUGCUGCAAAAGAAUGAUUACGAAAAGCUAAAGAAUAACAAACCAAAACACAAAAGUUCGCCAUAAUUUGGCUUAGAUCCGCAUUUAUCCUGUUUUUCUGAUGAAUAUGACAAAUGACAAUGUAAUGUUUUCCUUUUUCUGUAUCCCAUUUUAACACCAAUUUUGAUGGGAGCAAUUCUUGAGCAAAUUGUGAGGCACCUGUAAUGUACAUUUCAGUCUCUCAAAAUCUGAAAAUACAAGUUCCUCGGAUCAUAGUUGUUGUAAUAGUGAUCGUUCUUUAUGUUUCUAUGCUUGUUUAUAAUGUUUGAUUAGGUCA